GAUGUGCAACUUCAGCAUUUCAAGUUGAUGCGCAUUGUUGGUCGCGGCACCUUUGGCAAGGUGCGGAUCGUCGAGCACCGUGAAACGCGCAAAUUAUACGCAUUAAAAUAUAUCAGCAAGCUAGAAUGUAUUCACAUGGAUGCGGUACGAAAUGUCAUCAAAGAACGUACUAUUCUCGAGCAGCUUGAUCAUCCUUUUCUAUGCCGAUUGCGGUUUGCUUUUCAAGAUAGCGAGUCCUUAUACAUGGUCUCCGAUUUAAUGUUAGGAGGAGACCUGCAUUAUCACAUAUCACGCACAAGUUUCUCCGAGGAUGUCCUCAGGUUAUGGUUUGCCGAACUAGCUUCCGCUAUCAAAUAUCUGCACUUCAACCGAGUCGUUCACAGAGAUAUCAAACCUCAUAACAUUCUGAUGGAUGACAAGGGUCACGUUCAUCUCGCUGAUUUUAAUAUUGCAACCCAUCUACAUUCACACCGCUUAUUAACUUCUAACUCUGGCACGGCUUACUAUAUGGCCCCGGAAAUGUUCAAGGGCGGAGGGUACAAUGAAGCAGUGGACUGGUGGGCUUUAGGUGUGACAUUGUAUGAAUGCAUUUAUGGAAAGCGCCCCUUUGAUCAUGAAACGACCGAGGAAUUACGAUCGGCCAUUCGAAGAGGGCACAUCCAAUACCCCACAAUCCCUGGGCGUCAUGUUUCCGGAGAAUGUUUAGCAGCUAUUCAAGGAUUUCUAGAGAUGAAUCCUGCCAAGCGACUAGGUCAGGGUCAUGCAGGCUGGACCGCUUUGAUUCGGCAUCCUUUUUUCAGAUCGAUUGAUUGGCAACUCUUGGAACUAAAAGCGCUGGUACCUGGUUUUCAACCUCCAUCCGAUCAAAACAACUUCGAUCUUACGUAUGAUAUCGAGGACCUGUUACUCGAUAACCGAUGCACCCACUCGAAACAACCGGGCACGAUGUGGAACAAAGAUAAACCAGGGCAAAACGAAAAAAUAGAGCGUGAAAUGAACUACAUGGCAGACAACUUUAAGCCUUUUGAUUUUACCAUCUUUGAAAAAUACGAAGGUUUCAAGGAUCCUAUCAAUAUGACGGUGGGUGAACCCCCCGAUUGGGUGAAGCCUGCAUUUGAAGGAGCGGAUCAGGGCGAUUUACUACCUAUCAAACAUGUCACCAUUGACGACGACGUUGUAUGCGGGGAUGAAUCUACUGUAUGGCGAGGCAUCAAUCGUUCAGCGUCGACGAGUAACUUAGCAGCACAAUCGGCCGGGCUGGAACCGGAUCAUGAGUGGCGACGGCGGAGUCUCGGAACGUUGCGCAAACAAUCGGAAUCUACAAGUCUUAGUGAAGAAUAUGCAAUGUCGUUGCAAGGAAUUCGAAAGAAACAAAGUACCCGUAGUUUCCGUGAACGACGCGAACGAGACCGAAAGAGUAUAGUACCUUUCAAUCCAAAUUAUAAUGACCCCCAUAACAAGCCCGUUUCAUAAUGUGAUAUCCAGUGACCGGAAUCGAUGACGGCCAACCCCGCAAAGCACCAAGGAAAAACUACCAAGCCCAAAGAUUCCCACCUCCCCCAAAAAAGAAACAGCAAAAACGCUUAAAAAAAAAGAGAGAGAGAAAAAAAAAAGGAUUGAGGAACAGACUGAUGAUCGCUGAUAACUACCUCGUCCUCUCCCUGCGCGGUCGAAAUUCUGUAUUGUGAUACCCUUCCUGUGUUUGAUGAUUCGUCCUCUAGACUUUUGGACUAUUUGCAUUUGAUCAAAUCUAUUUCCUUCUAGAUAAAAUAAAGAGGAAAACUCAAAGAUCUCCUUUAAUCAUGUGAUGUCGUACCUGUGCGCACGGGUCGUGGAUAGAAUAAAGUACUCCCUAAGUUAUUUUAUAUAAAGAGAGAUCAUCUUCUGAUCAAAUCGAGCUUACUCUUAUGUCUCAUGUGGU